AUGAGUGCGACACAUAACGGCAAUUCAAAGGGUUUACCUGCUUUGCAUGGUGUUAAAAUCAAGACAAGAAAAAGCCUGCAAAAAGCUCAGGCCAAGUACGAACCUACUGUUUUUAGAGAAGGUAUUUUAAAAACACUUAAUAACGCUCAGCCUGGAGACUUUGACGAUAUUUAUCAACAACUGGAUAUUGCUGGUAACACACUUGAAUAUAGAAAAUACGGUGAAACUUUAUUUGAAAUUCUUCUUACCGGUGGUGUAUUAGCACCCGGCGGUACUAUUCUUGACGAUG